GCUUCCUGCAUAGCCGACAACCUCCAAGUCAACAUCGUUGCCACUCCUCCUGAUAGGAAGGGCGCAUCCCGGAUAGCUAGCUGGCUAGCUAUACUAAAGCAUAACGAUGGCAGUUAACCUCAGCAAAAACGGCCCUGCCUUGACAGCUGCAUAUAAAGAAGUGGUAGAUGAAAAAUCCAACACCAACUGGGCCUUGUUCACCUAUGAGGGAAACAGCAAUGACAUCCGCUUGGCAGAGAAAGGGGAUGGAGGAUUGGAGGAGUUGGUUGAAGAGCUGAACAGUGGAAAAGUGAUGUACGCUUUCUGUCGGGUCCAGGAUCCAAAUUCUGGUCUGCCCAAAUAUGUCCUCAUUAACUGGACUGGAGAAGGAGUGAAAGACGCCAGGAAAGGAAUAUGUGCAAAUCAUGUCAGCUCCAUGGCAAAUUUUCUUAAGGGGGCCCAUGUCACAAUAAAUGCCAGAGCAGAGGAGGAUGUGGAACCUGAGGUGAUCAUGCAAAAGGUGGCCAAGGCCUCAGGAGCCAACUACAGUUUCCACAAAGAGUCCAGCCGUUUCCAAGACAGCGGUCCUCAGGCUCCUGUGGGCUCAGUGUACCAGAAGACCAAUGCGAUGUCAGAAAUCAAAAAGACCAAUAAAGACAACUUCUGGGCACAAGCAGAGAAAGAUGAAGAAAAGCGACGUCAGGAAGAGCGGCGCAAGGCGGAGGAGGAGCGCCAGCAGCUCGAGAGAGAGAGGAAGGACCGAGAGGCCAAGGAGGCAGCACUUAGGGACAAGAGGGACAAGGAGAGGGCCUCUCAAAUCGACCAACAAAAGAAGUACCAGCAGCAACAGGAAGCUGAGAGCAGAGAACAGGAGAAACAACAAUGGCAGGCCCAGGAGAAGGAGAAGGAAGCAGCUGAAAGAAGAGGGGUCAAGCAAGGUGAAUCUGUGGAAAAGGCCAAUGAAGCGGCCUCUCUCAUCUCUCAGCGCGCUGUGAACCCCAGAGAGAUGUUCAAGCAGAGAGAGAGGGGUAUGACUCCCAGUGACUCGGAGGCCCCUGCCGCUGCCCCUGCAAGCCCCCAGCCAGGGCGUCUGCAAAGCCCUUUUCUCUCUAAGCAAGCAUAUGAGUCUGAGCGGGCCAGUUCACCCCAACGCCAAGCCUCUCCUGUGCCAGCAGGCUCCGCUUCUCCUAUUCGUGCCACAGAGCCUGAUGUGGAUGAUGGACAGUCCAGGUGUGAGUAUGAUGAACAGGAAGCUGCCCCCGAGGAGCAGUGGAAAGAGGAGGCACCGGCUGCCAACUCCUAUGUCCAGGAGGUGGCUCAAAAUGAUCGCUAUGAAGAGCCAGCUCAGGUGGAAGAGAAUAACGCCUAUGACGUGACUGUUGAAGAGACGUCAGACAGAGGCAUCUGUGCUAGAGCUCUGUAUGACUACCAGGCUGCUGACGACACUGAGAUCUCAUUUGACCCUGAUGAAAUCAUCACCGGGAUUGAAAUGAUAGAUGAGGGCUGGUGGCGAGGCUACGGGCCAGACGGCCAUUUUGGAAUGUUCCCAGCCAAUUAUGUGGAGCUUAUCUAAGCUCCAGCGCAGCACACUCACCAGAUCAGCCCCGCGGCAGCCCCACAGGACCUCUGCAGCAAAACAACAUGCAGCCUCUCAGCAAGUGAGAGCUUGCACCAUGUGAACUGAUCGGGUUUAGACAGAGAAAGUGAUCCUCCACAUCACGGACCAAUGAAUGGAUGGUAAUCAUGGGGCAAGAAUUUCAAAAUCUAUCCUCAAUUUAAAAAGCAAUUCCAUUAUGUUUGAUGUUUGUAAACAAUUGAUGGCAUAGUUUAGGGAUUUGUCAAAGACCCAUACUGGCCAAAACUCCCCCCAAAUGAGUAUCUUUUACCUUUAAAUGUGAUGCAGUAAAAAAAAUCAGCCUUUGUUUCAGUCUUAAAUUCCAUUGUGAGCCUUGAAUAGCACUUGUAGUUCACAUUCCUUAAAGUGUGAAAUCAGUUGUAUUUCAGGUAUAUUUUUUUAUUUUUACUUGUAGCAAAUGUUCCUGCACAUUUCAGGAAAAAAAAAAAAAAACGGUGGUACCAGCUACAGUAUAAUCUUUUGCCUUGUUUUGCCUUUCUUUCCAAGAGGACUGAAUUUUCCGUUUCUUGUUGUUUAUUCUUUUUUUCUUCCUCGUUUGUUUUCUUUUUUUGGUUGAACUUAAAUCCUGCGUGAAUUUCAAACCAUGAUUUAGUGCUGGUUGCGGAUUAAAUGAAUAUUUAAAAACAACUGAUAGCUAUGUUUGCUGUGCUCUGGGUGGUAGACUUGACAGUGAUGAAUGCAUAAAACGGUUACCAGUCACUUUCUCAUUGUGAGUCAACAGCGGUUGUUUCCAUUUCUUGCCCUGACAACCCUUCCUCUCCUGUGUAUCAAAUUAUCUCAACAUAUUUAACUUUUCAGGGACUAGUUGCAAAGAGGAAAACGGUCAUUUGUCAUCAUUCCUCAUCCACUAUGUUGGCCUGAUGUGGAGAAAUGGCAACAUGAAGUCAGUAUCAUUUGUCUUUUUUUGUUAUAUCAGACCUCACUGGUCUUUUGAAUUUUGAGUGAAUGCUUAUCAGAGCCUAAUCAGAUACCAUAUUAUCAUGUCACAGUGCCAUAAUGAAGUAACAAAAUGGAUGAUAGCCUCUGAAAAGUGCUCAGUUACAUUUUAAUCGAACAUUUGGGCAAUUGGACAGCAGACUUGUGCAAGUUCACAGUUUUUAACUUGGACCAAAACCCUCACUUUUCUGAAGCUUUGUGGUCAGUUGACAGAAGGCAAGUGAACUGAUUAUGAAUGGAAAAAAGGGCAUGUAUCCAUUAUAUUAUUCAUUUUUGUUUUUCCAGAAUAUAUUGUAAUGCACAGACAUUCUUCAUAAUAAAAGGAUUCAAAAGUG